AUGCUGUACACAAAACUUGCCGGCCCGCAAGGGCUUGCCCGCUCUCUGGUAGCGGCUCGACAGCUCUCAACGCUCACCACAAGAUCCGCCAUCCGCGCACGAGUCGUCCCCUCUGCUGCAUCAUCAUUCGCACAAGAUGCCCUUCAGCAAAGCCGAGUAGCGCGCUCAUAUCCGAGCUCGAACGUGUCGCUUGCCAUUCGCAGCUUCUCCCAGACCUCCAAAGGGUCUGAGCCAGCAAGCGCCGCUGCAACAGCCUCCGAGGACACUUUCACAGACGACCAAGUCGCCUUCUCUGGGAGGGACAAGAAAGCAGCUCGCGUCAAGGACGAGACGUUUGCAUCUUUGAAGGGAUCCAUUCACCCUUCGAUUCUCAAGGCGUUGACCGUCAAACCCUUCGCAUACACCAACAUGUCGGCCGUCCAACAGAGCGUCCUCCACCUUCUCCCCGAGGUCGCAAGCGGUGUCGGUGAAUCAGCUACACCUAUGCCCGAUGGAGAAGGCCGAGACAUGCUGGUCAAGGCAAAGACAGGUACCGGUAAAACGAUCGCCUUCCUCGUGCCCGCUCUCGAGGCUCGCCUGCGUUCCAUCGAGGAUGUCCGCAACGGCAAGUUCCCAAAACCGUGGCUCGACAUGCUCCAAAGGCAUCGACCCGAUCUCGAUGCGUCCUCGCUCAAGAAGAAGGAGCUCGAAGAGAUCGUCAAGCAGUUCGUCAACAACACCGUCGGUACGCUCGUUCUCUCUCCCACUCGAGAGCUGGCAACGCAGAUUGCGGACGAGGCCAAGAAGCUGCUCUCGCAUGAGCCUGAUCUCAAGGUUCAGCUUCUGGUCGGAGGUGCCAGUCGUCAAUUCCAGAUCAACGACUGGAGGAGGUCCAGACCCGAUGUUGUGGUCGCUACUCCCGGACGUAUCCUCGAUUUGCUCAACGAUGUUGGCAUGAUCCGCGAAGCUAUGACUGCAUGCCGCACGCUCAUCCUCGACGAGGCCGACACGCUCCUCGAGAUGGGUUUCCGCGAUGACCUGCAAGCCAUCAUGCGUCACCUUCCCGCCAAGGUCGACCGUCAGAACAUGCUCUUCAGUGCCACCGUCAGCAACGAGAUUCGCGCCAUCGCCCGCGCCAGUUUGCAGAAGGACCAUCGCUUCAUCGACUGCGUCCCCGCAGGAGAGGAGAAUGUUCACAAGCACAUCCCUCAAUACGCUACCGUGCUCGAGUCUGCGGAAGAGCAGAUCCCUCACGUCUUGCGUCUCAUCGCCCACGAUCAGCUUGUCAACCCUGGCAAGUCCAAGACCAUCGUCUUUGCCCCCACCACCAAGAUGACCGAGCUGCUUGCCGAUGUCAUCCGCGACGCUCAGCGCCACUUGCCCGCAUCGACCGGCUCGAGCGUCUACGAGAUCCACAGCAAGAAGGACCAGCGCGCCCGUUUCAACACCAGCGACCGCUUCCGUAAGGACCAGAGUGGAGCCAGCGUUCUCGUCACCAGUGACGUCAGCGCUCGUGGUGUCGACUACCCCGGUACCACUCGUGUCAUCCAGAUCGGCAUUCCCAGCAGCAAGGACCAGUACAUCCACCGUAUUGGCCGAACAGGUCGUGCCGGUGCCAAGGGUCGAUCCGACAUUGUGCUCCAGAACUUUGAGCGCGGCUUCCUCUACUACCAGCUUGACGACCUUCCUGUCCACCAGCUUCACGUCGACGAUCUCGUGCAGGAAGUCGAGACGAUGGCAAAGCGCUUCGACGAGGCACCGGAGCAGUUCGCUGUUCCGGACGAGGUUGUCAAGGCAGCCAAGGCGAAAUCGCAGGAGGCCAGGAAAGGUUUCCGCGGGCGUGACAGCCGUGAUGGCGGCCGAGUGCGACCGCCUGCCGAGAUCCGAGGUCCUCUCACGGGAAAGUAUUCCACCAAGACCCUCGCCCCGUUGGUCGAAGAGUCGCUCAAGUCGCUGGACGAAGAGGACGCGGUGCGCGAGACGUUCAACUCGCUGCUCGGCUUCUACCUCGGCAAGGGCGACGAGCUGCGCACCAGCAAGAUGCAGGUGCUCGAGGGGCUCAAGCAGUGGAGUGUCCAGGCAGGCCGUUUGGAGCAGGCGCCGUACCUCAGCGAGGCGUUCAUGCAGAAGCUCGGCAUCUCGCUCAAGGACCGGGGUGGACCGCGUCGGGCUGGCGGAUUCAGCGGUGGACGUGGCGGUUUUGGUGGCGGAAAGUCGUUCGGUCGCGGUCGCUUCAACAAGGACGAUGGCGGACGUGACUUCCGCGAUCGCGAUGCACGACCCAGUCGAGAUGGUAGGGACAGCCGUGGCGGAUCGAGAUUUGGUGGCGGCGGCGACCGCGGCGGACGCAGUAGCUUCGGCAGCGGCCGUGACGCUCGGGAGAGCCGAUUCGGUCGCGAUAGCAGCGCCAGCAAGUGGUGA